AUAAUAUACAAGAGGUUCGAACCCCACUUAGUGACAGUCAUCUGUCUGCAAGCGCAGGGGUGAAUGCAGCGGGUUUUCAACACUGGCCGGGGGAAGGGGGGGGAGCGGCGAUUGGGCUGCUGGCGCUCUUUAAAGUCCUAGAUUGGAGACGACCAUCUGCAUUAAUUCAAGCCCCUUCUGCUCUUCUCCCCGCGGCCGCCCCUCUGCCUUGCAACAACCGCCGCCAGCCGCCAACCGGGAGGUUCUGCUAGGAAGGGGUGUCUUUCCUCGCCCGGUAGGAAGCAAACAUUUCUCUCUUCGGUUGUCAUAUCCUAAUUAAGGAUCCCGACGGAAGCAACCAGCGGAGAUGCCAGGGAUGGUCAGUAAAAAUUCCGAUCUCGAAUUCGACUCUUUGCAGCCCUGCUUCUAUCCGGACGAAGAUGAUUUUUAUUUAUGCGGUCCUGACUCUGCUCCUCCGGGGGAGGAUAUCUGGAAAAAGUUUGAGCUACUGCCUACGCCUCCACUGUCUCCCAGCCCGGCGGGUCUGCAGGAGAACCCCCCAGGAGGAGCCCCCGUGACAUGGGGAGGAACGGCUCUAGGCGGAUACCGAACCAGCGACCCUCUGGACUGGGCAUCUGAGUUGCUGCUGCUGCCCCCCGAAGCUGACCUGUGGGGCAGUGGUGAUGGAGGAGACUCCUUUGAGAUGGGUUUGGGAGAAAGCAGCAACCUCAACGCCAUCAUUAUUCAGGACUGUAUGUGGAGCGGCUUUGGGACCAGUGAUAAGCUGGAAAGGGCAGUCCCCGAGAAGCCACAGACUAAAGGAGGAACAGCUGGAGCGCUUGCCCCAGCUGGCUCUGCCAUCCCCCCAGCUGCCCUCCCCUCCAAAACCAGCCCUGGAAACAAUAGCGGCAGCCAAGCAGAGCUCAACAAUUCAGUGUCGGAGUGUGUGGAUCCAGCCGUGGUUUUCCCUUUCCCCUUUAAGAAGCGAGAUCCCCCAGCCCCGGUCUCCUCGGGAGGAGGAGGAGGAGGAGUGGCAGGGGCCCGGGUGAGCAUGAACUGCAGCAGCGGUGGCUUUGCUCAAGGGGUGGCCACCCCUGCACCCCGAAGCAACCACCACCCAAGUAUAACUAGUGACAGCCGGGCCAACAACAGUUCGGGAGACGACACACUCAGUGAUUCUGAUGAAGACGAGGAAGAAGAGGAUGAGGAGGAGGAAAUCGACGUGGUCACUGUGGAAAAGAGGCGCUCUUCCUCCUACAAAGCCAUCACCACCCUGACCAUUGCAAUGCGUCCCAAGAACGGCAUUCCCUUUGCCUCGAUGAGAACUCAGCCCAAUGAAGUCAUCUUAAAGCGCUGUGCCCCAAUCCACCAGCAGCACAACUACGCUGCGCCUUCCCCUUAUAUCGAGAGGGAAGAUGUGCCUCCGCCCAAAAAGCUAAAAAACGAAGCAGCACCUCGUCCAGCAAAGCCCGUGACCCAACCAAAGCCCAAGAGCUCCAGCCCUCGCAAUUCGGAUUCAGAAGACAGCGAGCGCCGACGCAACCACAACAUUUUGGAACGGCAACGGCGUAACGAUCUGAGGUCGAGUUUUCUGACAUUAAGGGACCACGUGCCCGAACUGGUGAAAAACGAGAAGGCCGCCAAAGUGGUCAUCUUGAAAAAAGCCACUGAGUAUGUCCAUUCCCUGCAGGCUGAGGAGCACAAGUUGUUGUUGGAAAAGGAAAAACUCCAAAUCAGGCAACAGCAGUUGAUAAAAAAAUUAGAACAUAUGCAGACUUGCUAACGUGGGGGCUGAAAACAAAAACAAACAAACACCUGACCUUUAUAUAUUUGUCUGAUCUGGACAGCUAUUGCCACUUUGCACAUUUUUGAUUCCUUAAAGAGAGCUAUGUUUUUUUGACGUUAAGAAUGUUGGUUUUAUUUUCAAUCCCGUCUCUUGUGUAGAUGACACCACCUUGUUACCUGAAGGGGAGAUCAGAUGGAUGUCCUUCCUUCUCUGGAAUGGAAGAGAUUGCCAAACCACGGUGGAAUGGCUUCCUGUGUUUCAUCUUGGAACCGUCGGUGUUCUUGCAAUGUUGUGAGCGUUGGGACUUGCUUAUGACAUCCAGUUGAGUUGGAAACAUUCAUUCCAUUUUAAUGGUGCUUAUGUUUUACAGGUGUUACGGGGGCAAAACCAUGUUAUACCCAGGGGGAAGGGAACCGCCUGUGUAAAUACCAUAUACACGUUUGCCUUUUGUACACGUCUUGGGUUAUGAGAGGUGACUUUUGCUACCAAUAUUAGACUGGAAGUUCAUACCUAAGUACUGUAAUACCUCAAUGUUUGAGGAGCAUGUUUUUGUAUACAAAUAUAUUGUUAAUCUCUGUUAUGUACUGUACUAAUUCUUACACUGCCUGUAUACUUUAGUAUGAUGCUGAUACAUAACUAAAUUUGAUACUUAUAUUUUCGUAUGAAAAUGGUUGUGGAAAGUUUUGAGUAGAUAUUACUUUAUCACUUUUUUGGACUAAGAAAACUUUUGUAAAGAAAUUUACUAUAUAUGCCUUUUUUUCCUAGCCUGUUUCUUCCAGUUAAUGUAUUUGUUAAUGUUUGUUGCAUAGAACUGGGUAAUUGCAAAGUUCUGUGUUUAAUUUCUUCCAACGAUGUACAUUUAGUGCUGCAUCUUUAUAGCACUUUGAAAUACCUCAUGUUUAUGAAAAUAAAUAGCAAUUAAAUGA